AUGGCCGCAAUCCUCAAGUUACAGCGCAAAUACCCUCAGUUCCCACAGAACGAACUCUUCCAGUUGUCGGAUGCCUUCCGAAAACUCGAUGUCGACGACAAAGGCUACCUUGACGAGGCCACUGUCAUCAAGGCCACGCAGACCACCGAGCGCCAGAGCUACGAUGUUGUCCGUCAGGCGCUGAAGGAAGUCGAACUCGAUUCCUCGCGGCGAGUCGAACUCGAGGACUAUGUUGACCUGAUCUCCAAGUUGCGAGAAUCCUCACCUGCUCAGCAGCGCAUGUCCACCGGUCCCGUCAAGUCCGGCGGUCUUGCAGGCAGUGGCGCACCCCCAGUCAAGCACGCGUCCAAACCCAGUUUAGGAGGUGGAGCGGGAGGCAGAAUCCAGGUCCAGGGCUCGUCAGCCAACGUUACACAUACUAUCAACGAAGAUGAACGAGUCGCUUUUACAACUCACAUCAAUGCCGUCCUUGCCGGCGAUCCCGACAUUGGCCAACUCUUACCCUUCCCCACCGAUUCCUUUGAGAUGUUUGAUUCUUGCAAGGACGGGUUGGUGCUUGCCAAGUUGAUCAACGACAGCGUUCCAGACACCAUUGACGAGCGGGUUAUGAACAAGGCUGGUAGAAAAAUCAAAUCGCUCAAUGCCUUUCACAUGACGGAAAACAACAAUAUUGUCAUUGAAUCUGCCAAAGGUAUCGGAUGCUCGGUGGUCAAUAUUGGUGCGGGCGAUAUCAUUGAAGUGCGCGAGCAUUUGAUCCUGGGUCUGAUCUGGCAAAUCAUCCGACGGGGCCUGCUGGGCAAGAUUGACAUCAAGCUGCAUCCCGAACUCUACCGUCUGCUGGAGGACGAUGAGACGCUCGAGCAAUUUCUACGUCUGCCGCCCGAACAGAUUCUUCUCCGAUGGUUCAAUUAUCACCUCAAGAAUGCCAAAUGGCCUCGUCGUGUCAACAACUUCUCCAGCGAUGUCAAGGAUGGCGAGAACUACACCGUACUCAUGAAUCAACUUGCGCCAGAUCUGUGCUCACGAGGUCCACUUCAAACACCGGAUCUGUUACAACGUGCCGAACAAGUGCUCCAGAACGCAGAGAAGCUCGAGUGCCGAAAGUUCCUCACCCCGACUGCUUUGGUGGCCGGAAAUCCCAAGCUCAACUUGGCAUUUGUGGCUAACCUCUUCAACACCCACCCGGGCCUGGACCCUCUGGAGGAAGGCGAGAAGCCCGAGAUCGAGGAUUUCGAUGCGGAAGGCGAGCGAGAAGCUCGCGUGUUCACCCUCUGGCUCAAUUCAUUGGACGUACAGCCUGUGGUGCAAUCCUUCUUCGAUGACUUGCGGGACGGAAGUAUCCUGCUCCAAGCCUACGAGAAGGUCAUCCCGGGUUCCGUCAACAUGCGGCACGUCAAUAAGCCCCCUGCGCAUGGCGGCGAGAUGUCUCGCUUCAAGGCGGUGGAAAACACCAACUACGCCGUGGAGCUUGGCAAGCAAAAUCGCUUCAGUUUGGUUGGUAUUCAGGGAGCUGAUAUCACUGACGGUCAACGAACGCUCACACUGGGUCUUGUGUGGCAGCUCAUGCGGCGGGAUAUUCUCAACACCCUUGCUGCAGUCUCACAGCGCAUGGGUAAGCGUGAGCUUACCGAUUCGGAUAUGAUCAAGUGGGCCAAUGACAUGGUUCGCAAAGGUGGCAGGAAUUCAAGCGUACGGUCGUUCAAGGAUCCUGCUAUUCUUUCCGGCAUCUUUCUGCUGGACGUGCUCAACGGUAUGAAGCAAGGAUACGUGGAUUAUGACCUGGUCACACCAGGCAAGACGGAUGAUGAUGCGUACGCCAAUGCUAAGCUCAGCAUCAGCAUCGCACGUAAGAUGGCUUGCACCAUCUAUCUCGUGCCAGAUGACAUUGUGCAGGGUCGGGCUCGCUUGGUGAUGACGUUUGUUGGUAAGUUGCCCUCGUGA